UGUCGCAAACUGCCGAGUGCUCUGAAGAGUUGGUCAGCCUAUUCCGAACUAGAGUCCACCCUCAGCUCCCUGGUAGGAAAAUUGCCGAUCUUGCAUAUGCUGCGAAAUCCGGCCAUGAAGGGAAGGCACUGGGCUGCCAUCAGUGACGUCACAAACCACCCCAAUCUCGAUCCCGAACACGUAGAUCUGACCACAAAGAUGAUCAUCGAUCUGCCCAUUGGACCUUCAGACAAGCCGCGUGAGGAGGUGGAGGAGAUCUGCGUGGGUGCGGCUAGAGAGAAGGAGAUUGAGGCCAAGCUUGUCAACAUCUCCACUGACUGGGCCGUUCAAGAUCUGGCGCUGGCUCAUUUUAAAACCCGUGGUGAGCUGCUGCUGAAAGGGGACCGUACGGCUGAGAUUCAAACCCUGCUGGAGGAUUCGCUGGUGACACUGAAUUCGCUGGCAAACAACAGGUCUGUAUAA